GCCCCGCGCCGCGAAGUCCCGCCCCCGGCCCCGGAUAUCCGGCCUGGAGCCGUCGGGCGGCCGGCGCGACCAUGGCGCUGCGGGAGACGGUGUCUUCCGGGGGUCUCCUGGUCUGGCCUCGCGUGUUGCUGUUCGGUGACUCGAUCACCCAGUUCUCUUUCCAGCAGGGUGGCUGGGGAGCGGCGCUGGCGCACAGACUGGUCAGGAAGUGUGACGUCCUGAACCGCGGGUUUUCAGGCUACAACAGCAGGUGGGCCAGAAUCAUCCUGCCGAGGCUCAUCGGGAGCGGCCGCGACCUGGACAGCCCCGCGGCCGUGACCGUCUUCUUCGGGGCCAACGACAGCGCGCUGAAAGAUGAGAAUCCCAAGCAGCACGUCCCCCUGGACGAGUACGCCGGCAACCUGCGGAGCAUGGUGCAGUACCUGCAGUCCGUGGGCGUCCCCGAGAGCCGGGUCAUUCUCAUCACGCCGCCCCCGCUUUGCGAAGCGGCCUGGGAGAAGGAGUGCAUCGCGCAAGGUCACAAAUUAAAUCGUGUGAAUGCGGUUGUCGGAGAGUACGCCAGUGCGUGUGUGCAGGUGGCUCAGGACUGUGGCACUGACGUCCUCAAUCUGUGGGCCCUGAUGCAGGAGGACAGCCAGGACUUCUCCGCCUACCUGUCGGACGGGCUGCAUCUGUCCCCAGAGGGAAGUGAGUUCCUGUUCUCGCACCUCUGGCCCCUGAUCGAGGGGAAGGUCGCGUCCCUGCCCCUGCUGCUUCCUCACUGGCAGGAUGUGGCAGACGCGAAGCCGGAACUCAGUCUGCUGGGAGACGGAGACCACUAGCCGCGCACGGCAAGGCACGGCGGCUGCGGGCGCGGAGUGGAUCCCAGGGAGCGACCAGCAGUGCCUGCCCAAGGCUGAGCCGCCGCCGCCGCUCUAAUAAAGCAUCGGGGUUUCUCAGGGA